CCCGAAGAAUAGUAGAUAAGCUCGACACUCGACAGUAUGGGAGUUUUUCGGCUCCUUAGACAGCUCAAUCCGCAGGAUUUGCCUAGGGGUGGCAACACCAUUAACCUCUUACCCCCCUCCGUGUCCAUCACCCUGCAGAUAACGCCAUUUUACAGAGACAGAUGAUGUAAGGAUAGCAUCCAGCAGGCAUCAAGAACCAAUGUUUGAAGAGUCCAGAUUUUCUUUAUUAGCUCAAACGACGUCCUCUCCAGCCAUCAUGGCAGUCAGGCUGUGUGACGUGGCUUCUCUUCUGAGAAGUGGCUCGUGGGCAGCCGAGCCAUGGACUGGGCAGGUAAUCACAGCCAUGGAGACCCAGCUGUCCAAUGGGCCGAGCUGUCCCACCAGCAAUUGUCCCAACAAUGUCUCUAACAACUGCACGUCAUCUGUGGAGAUGCCCAACGGCACUGAGGACAGUAAAACCAAUCUGAUCGUGAACUACCUCCCACAGAACAUGACACAGGAAGAGCUCAAGAGUCUGUUCGGCAGCAUCGGAGAGAUCGAGUCGUGCAAACUUGUGCGAGACAAAAUCACUGGUCAGAGUCUGGGUUACGGCUUUGUGAACUAUGUGGAACCCAAAGAUGCAGAGAAAGCCAUCAACACUUUAAAUGGACUCAGACUGCAGACCAAAACCAUCAAGGUGUCGUAUGCUCGUCCGAGCUCAGCAUCUAUCCGUGAUGCGAACCUGUACGUGAGCGGUCUUCCUAAAACUAUGACCCAGAAAGAGCUGGAGCAGCUGUUCUCACAGUACGGCCGCAUCAUCACCUCUAGGAUUCUCGUAGACCAGGUCACAGGCGUGUCCAGAGGUGUUGGCUUCAUCCGAUUUGACCGGCGCGUUGAGGCUGAGGAGGCCAUUAAAGGGCUGAAUGGUCAGAAACCACCAGGCGCUACCGAGCCAAUCACGGUUAAGUUUGCCAACAACCCCAGUCAGAAGAGCAGCCAGGCGUUGCUCUCCCACCUGUACCAGUCACCAAACAGACGCUACCCAGGACCGCUGGCACAGCAGGCCCAGAGAUUCAGGUACCUGCUGGUACACGCUCACUGCACUGGUGCUGACUUUAACUUGAGCGUAACUUUAUUUUGUGUGUGUGUGCCUGUGUUUCAGCUGGAUAAUUUGCUCAACAUGGCAUAUGGAGUCAAGAGUAGAUUCUCACCUAUGUCCAUUGAUGGGGUCUCCAGCCUGGCAGGCAUCAAUCUUCCGGGUCACGCUGGUACGGGCUGGUGCAUUUUUGUGUAUAAUCUGGCGCCAGAUGCUGACGAAAAUGUCCUUUGGCAGAUGUUUGGCCCAUUUGGCGCUGUGACUAACGUAAAGGUCAUACGAGACUUCAACACAAACAAGUGCAAAGGAUUUGGCUUUGUUACCAUGACAAAUUACGAUGAGGCCGCCGUAGCAAUUGCCAGUUUGAAUGGGUACCGGCUCGGGGACAGAGUUCUACAGGUCUCGUUCAAGACGAACAAAACACACAAGGUCUGAAUUAGUGAUGACGUACAACAUCAUGCAAACGUGACUCUACAUUAAUGACAGGAAACAUUUAGUGUAUUUUUUUUUUUUUUUUUUUCUUAAAAUAGGUUACUUUUCUUUUUUGUUUUUUAAACAUACGUUUAAAGAUUUAAGUAGAAUAACAGCUGACUGUUUAAAUUUUUAUUUUUAUUUUUAUUUUUUUUUAUGUAUAAUGUUGAUUGUGACCUCCAUGAUACUGAGAUGGAGAGCGUUCCCAUGUUGGUGUUCCCAUCUCUCCUCAUGAGCUUCUGCGGUGCAAUCCACUGCAUAAUGCGUGAAUCUUUAGUUAGACCAUUUCAGUUUUCUUUGUUCUAAUGACCAUCUUUAUGUUCAAUAUUUAAAUGAGUAUAAGAUAAGAUGUACAUGUUGUUUUGUUUAAAAUAAUUUGUGAUUUUUGUUUUUAUUGUUCAGUACAUCAAUAAAUGUGUUGAAGGGAA